UUUCAUUGAUGAUAUUAAUAUGCCUGAAAUUAAUGAAUGGGGUGAUCAGGUGACCAAUGAAAUAGUUCGACAACUGAUGGAAAACAAAGGUUUUUAUAGUUUAGAUAAACCAGGAGAUUUCACUACUAUAACAGAUAUCCAGUAUAUAGCUGCUAUGAUUCAACCUGGAGGAGGACGAAAUGACAUUCCAAGCAGAUUAAAGCGACAGUUUUCCGUUUUUAACUGCACUUUGCCAGCACCAACAUCCAUUGACAAAAUAUUUGGUGUAAUAGGAAGUGGAUACUUUUGUGAAGAGCGAUUUUCCAAAGAAAUAUCUGAAAUUGUGUUACCUUUUGUUCCUGCCACAAGAAUCUUAUGGCAAGAAACAAAAAUAAAAAUGUUGCCAACUCCUGCUAAGUUCCAUUAUGUAUUCAAUUUAAGAGAUCUUUCUCGCAUAUGGGAAGGAAUGUUGAAAAUUGAAAAGGCAGAAUGUAGCACAAAGCAUAAUUUGCUUGCACUGUGGAAACAUGAGUGCACUAGAGUCAUUGCAGACAGAUUUACAAAUGAAGAGGAUAAAAAUUGGUUUUUGAAUAAAAUGAGCCAAGUAGUAAAAACAGAAUUAGGGGAAGAAUUUUUGGAAAUUUUGCCUGAAGAGCCAUACUUUGUUAAUUUCUUAAGAGAUCCUCCAGAACCUGAAACUGAUGAGGAAGAAGUUAGCUUGGAAAUGCCCAUUGUCUAUGAGGAAGUUCCUUCAUUCGAGCAAUUAGCUGAACGCCUUAAUUAUUUUAUGCAUCAGUAUAAUGAAAACAGCAAAAGUAUGAAAAUGGAUCUUGUAUUCUUCAAAGAUGCUAUGGUUCAUUUAAUCAAAAUUGCUCGCAUCCUGAGUACUCCCCAAGGAAGUGCCCUAUUAGUUGGAGUUGGUGGAUCUGGCAAACAAUCAUUGACUCGCCUAGCAGCUUCCAUUUAUAAACAUGAAAUAUUUCAAAUAACUCUAACCAGGUAUAUGUGCUGGAUG